UCAGUAUGCCACCAGUUCACAUUUGGAAGAACAAUAGAAACAGUUACAGACCUCAUGUUAAUCAUGUAACUACAUUACUAUUUUGAAGAAUUUCAGCACACACUUCACAUCAAAAGGUUUUUAAAGAUCUUGACGGCAGAAUUACAAAUCUCUUUGUCAAUGUUAUGUAAUCUUCUUUCUUCUCAUUAUUAUGUGUUAAAGGAAUUUUCUGAGCUAAAUGCAGGUUAAGCUCUAUUGACAGUUUUUCUUUUGUGUGCUGUUCUACACUUGUCCCAUAGACUUGUACUGCAAAGUGCAAAACUGUCAACACAUUUAAACCAAUGAGUCAGAAUGUUUACAGUUAACAGCGUACAGUAGAUUGUAUCAAAUGUAAAAAUCAAUAAAGACCGUGUUGAAUAUAAUCCUGAAAAAUUCUUUAAAGGACAAAUGUUUGGGCAGCUCACUUUUUAAACUAAACUCCGCAUUUAUCUAGUUUUCCUUGCAGUUUUUCAAUCUGUUUCAUAUCUUUCUGCCGUGUCAAUCUUGCUGUUUGUUUUGUUGUUUUCUUCUUUAACCUUCAUUAAGUCUCUUAUUACUUUUAGUCAGUUAUAAAUAUUCAUGUUUCAUUGUCUUGCAUGGCUUCAGCUCUGUGUGCGCCUUAUGCUGAAGGAAGGCCAGAUCGACCAUUUAAUACUUUUACUAACCAACUAUCAGUAUUUUCAUAUUUUUUUAUUCAUUUUUACUAUAAAGGUCUGAAGUUAUACAAUUAUAUACAGACACGGAAAAUAUGAAGAGACCGUUCGGAACAUUUCUAGAUGUAGUGUGGCCAUUCCAGUCCAGUGUCUGUUGAAUUUCAACAAAAUCAAACCUCAGGAGUGACAUAAAGCUAUCCAACAACAAUGUGAAAGACUGAAAGCAUGACAAGACACAAGAAAGGUGUGAUAAAAAAAUGUAUUACAUGAAAAACAUACAUCCUAAAUACAUGUACAAAUAUUACUGUUGUAUUGCUUAAAAGCAAAUAUCAACUUUUUUUCUUUGCAUUAUUUGAGGUCUGAAAAAAACAGAGCAUCUUUUCUGUUAUUUUGACCUGUUUCUCCAGUUUUCAUUUUUUGCAAAUAAAUGCAAAUAGAAACAAUAUUUUUCUUUGAAAUUUGGGAGAAAUAUUGUUGGUAAAUUAUCAUUUUACCUAAAAACAUACCUCUAAAUAGUACAUUUUAGUCUCUAAUAUGGUCUCUUAAUUUUUUCCGUGGCUGUAUAUAACUCUGUUGGAAAUUGAUGUGUAUAUACUGUGUGUUCAAAUGUUUUUGUAGCUAAAGACCUAAGCGAUAGUUUGUGUGGUUAGCCCCCGCAGCUUGUUGUGUGCUUCAUCGUUCACCUCACGGAGUUCAUGACACAUAGUGAGUCUAUACAGAGCCUGAGGGCAGCAAGAUUACAUAAGCAGUCUGUAUCUCUCUGUGCUUUUCUACUUUCUGCCCCUGUUCUCACAGUUAAAGAGUGUGGGAGCGGAAGGAGAUCAUGUUCCAAAAAGAUGUUUGAGACUCAUUCAUGAAAUUGCAUGACUUGUGAAGUUUUAUUUUGACUUAUUCCCUGAUCAGGAUUUGCAGGUGCUGUUACAGGAAGGACACAGUAUUUGAUUGGUCUAAAUUCUGGGUAGUGCAAGAUGAGUCAUCAAUGUUUUUAAUCCAUUUAAAAAGAAGGGAAUGUAUAUUUUAAAUGGAAAUAUUUGAUAAAAUUGGCUUCAAAGCUAUUCGGAAAGGACUUAAAGCCAUAUAUUUACUCCCCAGUAUUCUUUUCAACGUGGGGUUUCACACAGUUUACAUUAGCUUUUUUGCAAAUGAAAGGAUGUUUACUUUGGAAUCUUGAUAGAUAUUAAGUCGAUUUUUUGGUGUCCAAAUGACUAGGAUGGGCAGCCAAGACUCUGUAAUCAGUAGUAAUCCCUUAUCAAAGAGAAGGCUUACCGCAAUAAAUUCUGCUCGGCGACAAGUGAACUCACUCCAAAUGCUUGUUGGGAGAUGCUGCCAAAAGACAGAGACUGUUACUGAUUCUCCAGUGAUCCGCUAGAUAUCCCUGCGGAGGAUGCAUACGCAGGCUGGUUUUCCUAAUGCCAGUCUAUAUAUUUCUAAUCUGGCUUCUUAUUGUGAGCAUUUCUGCUUUGUGGUAUGCUGCAGUGUGUUUAACGGUCUGGCGUGUUGAUCUGUGCUGUUCUUGCUCUUGCUAUUUGUUUCCGUCACCCUCUUAUCUGACAGUUCUUUAAUUACACUGACAAUUUUCAAGUGCUUAAAGGGAUACUUCACCUAAAAGUGAAAAUUCGGUUAUUGAAUCACUUCCAAAUGUGUAUACAUUUCUUUGUUCUGGUGAACACAGAUAAAGAUAUUUGGAAUAAAGCUUAUAAACAAACAGACCCAUUGACCACCAUAGUAGGAAACAUUACUUUAUCAUUUUUUUCUGUUGAACCCAAAAGAAGACAUUUUGAGGAAUGGAGGACUGCAAAUAGUUCUGGGGCACUUUUGACUAUCAAAGUUUUUUUUCCCUACUAUGGUAGUCAAUGGGUGUUGAGAUCUGCAUUUAUUCAAAAUAUAUUUCUCUGUGUUCAUCAGAACAAAUACAUUUAUACACAUUUGGAACAACUCGAAGGUGAAGAAAUGAUGAGAGAAUUUUCCUUUUUGGUUGAAGUAUCCCAUUAAGUGAAACGUUAAAAGAGGUUUUGGUUCAGGUGACCAGUCAUUGUCCUGUAUUUGCUGAACAAUGUCCUUCUUCUGUUCCCAUUGUUGGGCGUCCUGCCUGUGAUGAGUGACUGACAGUCCAGAAAGGCUCUGAGACACAAAUUCAUCGUCACCCAUAAAUAGGCGACACACACAGGGAUGCGCUCGUACAUUUACCAACGCAGUUCUUUGAUUGGCUCGCAGGCGGAGCACACUGGGAUGAGGACCUACUAUUUCAGUGCAGACACGCAGGAGGACAUGAACAGCUGGGUCAGGGCUAUGAACCAGGCUGCCCUGAUGCAAGCACAGACAGUGAAGAGAGAGGCGUUGGAUCAUACAGAUCAAACGGACGUUUCUGCCAAACUCGGUCAGAGGGCUGUUCCUCAGACCAAUCACAUCAACAGCUACGUGAUCCCUGAACCUGAGGUCAUCCAGAGCGACGUGCUGCCUGAGGUGAAGCCAGACACAUUUGUGGGAGAGGUGGAGAGUCAGGUUGGCCCAAGAGAGAUGGAGCAGUUGAGGUCUAAAUCUCCAGCGAGCAAGGUAGGAGAGGUGGAAUCCCAAAUUCCUUCUCGUGCUCCGUCCAGGGCCGUCUCCACCACACCGGUCAUACUGAGGAAUGGAACGCCAUUGGAACGGAACGGUACGGGAGGGUAUCAGAGAGGGCCCACACCUUCUUCUCAAUCUCCAGUAAAGGUACAGAGGAAUUGCACUCUGGAGAAGGUGGAAAACUGGGUCAAAGUUCAGAAAGAUGAGCGCAGGGGGGGUGUUUUUACCGAUGGAACAAUCCCACGCCGGACACCUCCCGUUCAUCCAAAGUACGGCACAAUAGAGAAGUACCAGUCUUUACCCAAAACCCCACAGCACAGCCCCCCCACAACCCACCGGCAGUUCCCCAGCGAAUACAAAUAUUCCCACGACCGGCUUAACCACUUACAGCGGCCCGUGACGCAUGAAAACACAGUUUGGCAACUCUACGAGUGGCAACAGCGCCAGCAGUUUCGCCACGGCAGCCCCACAGCCCCCAUAUACACUCCAGCUCCGGACUAUUCCACCGCCGUGUCCUCCACCAGACUCAAUUCAGACGUCUCUCGCUCUGUCUCUGUGCCCCCCACCCUGGCGGAUAUCCCUCCACCUGGACCUCCAGGGGUCCGGAUGCUGUCCCCCCGCAGACCCCACACGCCCGCGGGACGUGUUACAGUCAAACCUCUGGACGACAGGCCGGCUGUGGAAGUGCCACCAUGGAACUUACCUCACCGAGCACGCUCUUAUAAGUCGGCAACAAUGGAGAGACGAUCAGUUCCACCGUCCGGCUACAUCACACACACAAUCAGUGCACCCAGCCUUCAUGGAAAAACACCGGAGGAGCUCACCCUUCUCCUCAUCCAGUUGAGGAGACACCAGGCCAUGAUGGCGGGUGUGCGCAACAAUGCGCUGACCCACCUCCAGCAGUUGUCUCGGGAGAAGGCAGAUGACACAUACAUGCAUUUGAAGAAGGACCUUGAAUAUUUAGAUCUGAAGGUGAGCGGAAAUGAGAGUCUGAAAGCACGGCCGACUAAACCGGUGAAGGUGGCGGAAAGUGAUGUGGAUGUGACAUUGAGUCGACUGUGUGAACAGAAUAAAAUCCUGCAGGAGUUUGAGCUCAGACUCAGCGGACUGAAGGAAGAUAAGGAUAAGCUGGAGUCUGUUCUGGAUGUGUCUCACCAGCAGAUGGAGAAGUACCGGGACCAGCCAGCUCAUUCCGAGAAGAUCGCCUACCAACAGCGCCUCCUUCAGGAGGACCUGGUCCACAUUCGAGCAGACAUGUCUAGAGUAGCGACGGAGAUGGAGAGAGCAUGGGAGGAGUACAGCAGAAUGGAGCAGUCAGUGGAACAGCUGAGGAACGUUUUACAGGCUGAGAUGAAUACAUGUCCUUCACCUCAGGAGAAGACUCAGUUGAGAAAGGAGCUCUGGGGAAUAGAGGAUGUGAUCUCUGGACUCAGUUCCACCAAAGAAACCUUCAAAAUCACUUUAGACUCUGUAAAAAACCCAGAGAGAAAACUUGUGCCUUCAAUAACAGAAUCGACAGUGCCUUCUCGGUGCAUUACCCCAGCAGCAGAUGAGGUGCGCUCACCCCAGCGCAGUCUUGCCUCCAGUCCAUUAUCACUGCCCCCGGACUAUGAGUUUACCCUGCAGCAUACAGUGCCAAAACUGGAAGAUGAUUAUGCUCCACCCCGACCACCUUUGCCCCUUCUCUAUGAUGAGGACACACCCCCGGUUGUCCCUCCCCUUCCUAAAGAAACGUCAGUCAUCCGACACACUUCAGUACGUGGCCUCAAGCGUCAGUCUGAUGUGAGGAAACGUGACCGUGAAAGCAACUACAGCUACGUGAACGGAGAUUGCAGGGGGGAGCUGAGAUCCUACCUAAGUGAACCAGAGCUCCCUUGGAUUGUUCAUGGAUCAGAUCAAGUGGACCAAGGCUACCUGACUCUUCAAAGAAGAGGUUUGUCAGGCUCCUCCUCCAGAAUAAAUCAAUCCAGCAAUUUGACUUCCUGUUCAGUAAGAAGAGGAGAUUCAGCGUUUCCCACAAUGGAAAGACCAAAGAGUGCCUUGGAGCGUCUGUGUUCAGGUGAAUCUCAGCCUGAUGAUCACCUGCCACAGAGAGCGAGGAUGAGCGUGGAAGAGCAGCUGGAGAGGAUGAAGAGGCACCAGAGAGCUUUAGUGCGCGAACGCAAACGUAACUUGAGUCAGGGCGAGCGACAGUCCAUCGGCUCCCGCGCCUCCGGACGGCCCGUCGGCUCUGACCCAGGAUCAGGCUGGGAGAAAGACAUUUAUUUGCAGCGAAUAAAACACACAGUGCAGAGGCAGGAGAAACAGCGGCCAGCAUCAGAUGGAUGGCUGAUGGUUCGAGCCAGGCCAAUGAAAGAUGAUGAAUUGGAACCUGUGGAUUAUGAGUUUGACAUUAUCAGAGAGCUCUCUACACCACAGAAAGUGCCCAUCCCAAAGAGACUUAUGGACAUGGAUCUGGAUGAAGACCUGAGUCAAGAGGAGAAAGAGGCUCGUUCUCGAAACGUAGCAAAGAUAAAAAGUCUAUUGGCUAGGUCGAGUGUGAAGUCGGUAGAUGGAGAGCAAGUAGAUUUCAGUGAUCUGGAUCAUGCGCUUCAACAGCAGGAGAGGAUCAUGAGUGUACCUCUGGCUUUGGCCUCAGAGGCCUCCAUCAAGAGGAAACAGGUUACGGCCAAAGCCGUGUCUGGGAACUGAAACAUGCCGAGAUGCCUAUAGAUAAAUUUUUGUACCAAAUAUUUAUAAUUCACAUUCAUUCUCUAAAUAAAACGGUUUUGUAUUUAAGAUGAAAUAUUUUUCAGAAAUGUUUUUUUAUUUACUGGUGCAUUUUAUUGGCUAUGUUGCCUGAUAUUUUCCUUAAUAUGCAUUUGCAGAGUUUGCAUGGUAUUACUGUAAUUUGAAUUACAAAUCAUGUAAUCUUGAUUUAAGGUACUUAAUUGUUUGCAGUGUUGUGUAACAGAAAUAAACUGUUAUGAAUUUAUUGAAAUAAAAUGCACUUUUACACACUGAUACAUCUUCAAGUUAUUCUAUAAAAUAUAACAGCUAUAGAGCUUUUGUAUUACAAGGUUAGUAAAUAUGAUUGGAUGUCCUUUGUCUUAACAUACAGUAUGUCAUUUAUAAAGAUUUUAAGUAGUACAAUGUUAUUUCCAGAUUAAGUUGCAGUUUUAUGCAUCUCGCACCAAAAUCUUACAUUUCUUAUCUCACAUUACAGUUUUACUCUUUAUUGACAUAUUUUGUAGACCAUUAAUACACAGAGUCAACAUUUUGAAAAUUUCUUUGCUUUCCAAGCUUGAUAAAUCUUUAUUGAUACUGCUUAAAAGUAAUAGUUCACCCAAAAGUGGAAAUUCGGUCAUCAUGCCACUGAUAUAAUACCGACUGAGCAGGGCAAAAGGUUUAGGUAUACUAUUGCUUUCAAUUCG